AUGGCCUCGCUCCCCAAGGACCCGGCCAACCCGGACAAGAAGAAGAGCCCCAGCGCGCUGCGGUCCAUCAUCGCUGGGUCGACGGCUGGCGCGAUUGAGAUUGCCAUCACAUACCCCGCCGAGUUCGCCAAGACUCGGACGCAGCUCAAUCGGCGGCUCGCCGAGGGCCAGAAGCUGCCGUGGCCGCCGUUCGGCCGCCAGUGGUAUGCGGGCUGCACAACGCUCAUCAUCGGCAACUCGGCCAAGGCCGGCAUUCGUUUCGUCGCCUUCGACCAGUACAAGCGACUGCUUGCCGACGCCGACGGCAAGCUCACCGGCCCGCGCACCGUGCUCGCCGGCUUCGGCGCCGGCGUCACUGAGUCGCUGCUCGCUGUAACGCCCACGGAGAGCAUCAAGACCACGCUGAUCGACGAUCGCAAGGCAGCCAAGCCCCGCAUGCGCGGCUUCCUGCACGCGGUGCCCAUCAUCGCCCGCGAGCGCGGCAUCCGUGGCUUCUUCCAGGGCUUCGUUCCCACGACGCUGCGCCAGUCGGCCAACAGCGCCACCCGCUUCGGCUCCUACACCUUUUUCAAGCAAAUGGCCGAGUCGUACACAGCGCCAGGCGAGAAGCUCGGCGCCGUGGGCACAUUUGCCAUUGGCGGCCUGGCCGGCCUCGUCACCGUCUUUGUCACCCAGCCGCUCGACACCAUCAAGACGCGCAUGCAGAGCCCUGACGCGAAGCAGCUGUAUGGCAACACGAUGCGCUGCGCCGGACUCAUCUUUAGGCAGGAAGGCGUGCUGACGUUUUGGAGCGGCGCGCUGCCGCGGCUGGUGCGUCUGGUUUUGAGCGGUGGCAUCGUCUUCACCAUGUACGAGAAGAGCAUGGACCUCAUGGACCGGCUGGACCCGGAAAAGAGGUAUAUAUAG